CAUAUUCCACAAAAUGACUUGUGAGGGCCAAACAGAUUAAGAGCUACCACCAUACUUAUAUCAACACCCACUAUACUUACUUCUCAUCACUACUCCCACAACAAAAAGAAUGGGUGAUCAUGAUACUACUACGCACGAUGUUGAUGCAGUGAGCUCAGCUCCGAUAACACCUCGCCCCGCAUCUGUUGAUGCAGUGAGCUCAGCUCCGAUAACACCACGCCCCGCAUCGGUGGCUCCAACGCCUCCCGUAGCCCAUACCCCGCCCAUCGUUUCUCUUCCUCCCUCCCAAUACCACUCCCCUUCUCUUUCCCGCUCGCCCCUCCUCACUCCCGGCGGCACCAACAGAAAAACUCCCAGAAUUAUAAGGACUCCACGUUUCAUAACCCCACUGGGCAGCCCUUUGAGGAAAGCAAUCAAACUCACAAAGCUUGACCCUCAGGACGCAUGGCUUCCAAUUACUGAGUCAAGAAAUGGAAAUGCGUAUUAUGCGGCUUAUCACACUUUGUGUUCUGGGAUUGGGAUUCAAGCCCUUGUUCUCCCUGUUGCUUUCACCAUUCUUGGCUGGACAUGGGGUAUCAUUGGCUUGACUUUGGCCUUCAUUUGGCAAUUGUACACACUCUAUUUACUGGUCCAACUCCAUGAGUCUCCUGAAAAUGGCGUCCGAUACAGCAGAUACAUGCAGUUGGCCAGCGCCACUUUUGGAGAAAAAUUAUCCAAAUUUCUGGUUGCCUUUCCAAUUAUGUACCUCUCGGGUGGUACUUGUGUGGCUCUAAUAGUGAUCGGGGGCUCAACCUCCAAAAUGUUCUACCAGACUCUGUGUGGAGCCACUUGCAGUAAUCCCAAACCAUUAACCAACGUGGAGUGGUACCUAGUGUUUACGUGCGCGGCGGUGGUUCUGUCUCAGCUGCCCAAUUUGAACUCCAUCGCAGGAGUUUCUCUGAUCGGAGGUCUCACCGCUGUCGGGUACUGCACCGCAAUGUGGAUAGUGUCGGUGUCUGAAGGCAGGCUGCCCAACGUUUCAUACAAUCCGGUCAGGGCCAGCACAGAAAUUGCAAGGAUCUUCGAUGUGCUGAAUGCACUUGGGAUAAUUGCUUUUGCUUUCAGAGGACAUAAUCUCAUUCUUGAAAUUCAGGCCACCAUGCCUUCUAGCGAGAAGCACCCGUCUAGUAUACCGAUGUGGAGAGGCGUCAAAGGCGCAUAUUUGAUCGUUGCAAUGUGUUUAUUCCCGAUAGCAAUUGGUGGCUACUGGGCUUAUGGUCACAUGAUUCCCGCGAAUGGUGGCAUGCUGGCGGCGUUGUACGGAUUCCACAGCCGAGAUGUGGCACGAGGGGUGAUAGGGUUGAUAAGCUUCUUCGUCAUAGUUAACGCCUUGAGCUCAUUCCAGAUAUACGGUAUGCCGAUGUUUGAUGACAUGGAGUCCAACUACACAAGGAGGUUCAAGAAGGCGUGCCCGUGGUGGCUGCGAGUAAUCAUCCGGGCAAUGUUCGGGUACGGGUGCUUCUUUGUGGCGGUGGCAAUUCCAUUCCUGGGUAGCGUGGCGGGGUUAGUGGGAGGACUCUCACUACCGGUGACAUUGGCGUACCCGUGUUUCAUGUGGCUGAAAAUGAAGAAGCCAAAGAUGUAUGGGGCAAGCUGGUGGGUGAACUGGGGAUUGGGAGUGCUGGGAAUGGGAUUGAGUGGGAUCUUGAUUGCCGCGGGUAUUUAUGUUGUCAUUGAAACCGGAAUUCAAGUUAGCUUCUUUAAGCCUCACUAAGUUGAACAUAUAUAUUAAGGUUUGGAUUAGGAUAUUGACUUGCUUUUGUUUGGGUUUGAGGGAAAUUUUAUUGUAUUUGUUAAGUGUAAUUUGGAUAUUGAUUUGAAUCAAGUAUGUGAUUGUUACAGACAGGGA